AUGGAAUGCGGAACAUCUAUAGUGAGAAAAGAAUUAAACGACUUAAAAGCUGUCUUGAACCAAAAUGUUAAAUCUAGCACCACCAGGACGGACAAAAACCGUGGUGGUAAAAGUCACUUUUCACUGGUCCAAACACCCUCAGAAUUUGAUAAGAACAUGAUUCAAACAGUUUUACUUGAUGACCUCUUACCAUUUGUAACUUUUAAAAAAGCUUUUAUGAAAAUCGACGUGGAAUUUCAUGAAAAUUGUGUUUUAAAAGGUGGUGAACAGUUUUUCAAAUCAGUAGAAAUUCCGUAUGUUUUCAUGGAAUGGUCUCUCAGGCAACCAGACACAGGAGGUCAAAUUUUAGACUUUAUGAAACGACACAAAUACACUCCUCGACAACCAAUGUUUCAAGGAGACAAGACUCGUCUUUUUAACUUUCAAAGCGGAUUAUUCUGGACACACAUGGAUUUGAAGGGUCAAAUUUCGACGAUUAUGGAGAAGGAAAGGUUUCUAUAUUUUGGAUAUGCCAGUAACUUACUAAAGGAGCGUUUAUUGGUUGAUAAACCAGGCGCAUAUAAAAAAUUUAUUUGCGUCGGGAAAUUAAAGAGUUUAUUUUGGAAAGAGAUGUCUGACGACUCUCUUCGAAGUUCUUUGAUGAUAAGAAAUGACAAAUCAGAAGCAAAUUCGGAUUUUGUCCGUGAUGAAAAUGUUGUGGCCGAAAUCGGAAGUGAGAAUAAAUCGGACGCAACUCAGAACUGUCCGAAGCACAAAGCUUCUAAGACGACAAAUAAUAAGAUUAUGGAGAAGGAAAGGUUUCUAUAUUUUGGAUAUGCCAGUUGUAACUGCUGUCAAACAACCAGUUAUGUUCCCUUGAUGCAUAAACUUAAGGUCAUUUAG